CUUCUUCUUGUUCGGUGUCGGUGUCCUACUAUUGUCGGGUGUGAAAGUCCUUAAAUGUGAGCUAUGUCUGGGCCGGAGCUGCUGCUGGACUCCAGCAUCCGGAUGUGGGUGGUCCUGCCCAUCGUCUUCAUCACCUUCUUUGUCGGUGUGAUCCGUCACUACGUCACCCAACUCCUACACAGCGACAAGAAGAUCGACCUGGAGCAGGUGUCUGACAGUCAAGUUCUGCUACGAAGCCGAAUCCUCCGCGAGAACGGGAAGUACAUCCCCCGACAGUCUUUUGCCAUGAGGAAACAUUAUUUCAACAAUGCAGAGACCGGGUUCUUCAAGAAGGUGAAGAGGAAAGUCAUCCCUAAGAACCCAAUGACAGACCACAGCAUGUUGACCGACAUGAUGAAAGGAAACCUCACCAAUGUUCUGCCAAUGAUUGUGAUCGGUGGAUGGAUUAACUGGGCCUUUUCUGGAUUCGUCAUCACCAAGGUGCCGUUUCCUUUGACCUUGAGGUUCAAACCCAUGUUGCAGAGAGGAAUUGACCUGCUGACCCUGGAUGCCUCCUGGGUGAGCUCAGCGUCCUGGUACUUCUUGAACGUGUUCGGCCUGAGGAGCAUGUACAGCCUCAUCCUGGGACAGGACAACGCUGCUGAUCAGUCUCGGCUCAUGCAGGAGCAGAUGACGGGCGCUGCCGUGGCCAUGCCCCCCGACCCCAACAAGGCCUUUAAGAGCGAGUGGGAGGCGUUGGAGAUCGUGGACCAUAAAUGGGCUCUGGAGAACGUGGAGGAGGAGCUGAUGUCCAGAGACCUGAACUUUGGGACGUUCUUCAGUCAGGACAGAACAUGCACUAUGUUCUAGAAGCAGUUGGACAUGAACUGUUCUGGACUCUACCCUGGGUCCACCUAGACCUGUUGGCCUGAAUUUCAAACCUUCCGUUGAAAUUUGUCAGUGAUCAGAAGUGAAUGCGUUCAUUUUUCAGAGGCUUUUCAUUCAAACACUUGUGGAUCAUUUUCUACACAGUUCCUUUGACCGUUGGAACAUCUGGAUGUCAGAGGUUUUCCAGAUGUUCCACAACACCAGUGGGUCAGGAACCACGGCUUUAUUCUGAAACACUGUCUGGAACCCAGUCCUGCUGGAUGUGAGCCAGUUUGGACCGAACCGUCCUGGAGCUGGUUCUGCUCAAACCCACGUGACUUCAUGUGUGAGUUCAAUAAAGGUGCCAUAAAGAACUGGA